AUGUUGGGAAUGAUGAAUGCCCCAUCGGAAGGUGUCGAUUUCUACGCCGUCCGACAAACCCGCAAGAUGUCCGAUCCAGAAACAUCGGAUUUAUCCGAAUUCAGUGAGAUGAAGCAGAAAGACAAGGUUAGCUAUACAUCAGAUGGGAGAAAGUUGAUCAAUGGAAAACCGGUGACAAUGGAAGAGCCGGCAAAUUUGUGGGGAAAUAUGUUGCUCCGCGGAAGAAUGCGAGUUUCUUUGCCGACUACACCGAAUAAUGAGCCUGCUGAUAAACAAGACUCAGAAACUGAAGCUGAAGCUGAAUCUGGAGUUGUUGCGAAAAAUGAGAAAAUUGAGAUUACUGAAGUUCCAGUGCUGGCAGCUUCUAAGAAUAAGUGA